AUUAUUAUAAUUAUAGGUAUAGGUAUAGGUAAGAGCCUAAGCUUUAUAUUGCUAGCGCUAACCUCGACUAGUAUAACUAUAGUUAUAGUGCUAAUACUAGCUCUAAAGAAUAAUCUAAAGGACUGCUAUAUUAAAGCUAGGAUCGACUAUAUUAAGUAG